AUGAAAUCAGAAUCCAAGAAAAACAAUAAAUUUGAUAAACUAAACGUUACCUUAUACAUUCCUGAAAACUUGAGUUCUAUAACUGUUGACGCUUACGCUUUUAAGAAUUCUAACUUUUUUUAUUUAAUUGGUAUUGGAUCAAAUGCUUCAUGCAAGUUAAGCGUUUCAGAAGUAUGCACUUUUAACUCUGUUGAAUUCAACAAUAUUGAGCUCAUAAAGAAAGAUACAACAGAAAUUGAUCUUGCGGAAUUGAAACUCCGUAAAGUUCUUUUCACAGGUUUCGACAAAGCAUCCAAGUACUUCGGAGGAAAAUUAGACUCCGAUCUGCUCUCCACGCGAUACAUAACUUUGCUUUUCGAACAUGUUACAAUUCAUUGCAACGAAACAGGCGAAUUCGAAAAGAACUACAGAAUAGAUGGUGCAAUAUAUGCUAAGGACAUUAUGUUUACCUCGUUUUUAGAGAACUCCACCGUAUUUCAGUUUGGUGACCAGAUGAUCAUCACUCCCGUAUCAACAGUCCGUGGCUGUAGACGCACAUGCAUACAACCAUACACUCCAGGCAAGAAUGUAAGCAUAACGGUCAGAAACGAUAAUCCGAAAUCAAUUUUAACGAUAGGAUCAUGGUUUUCAAGCAAAUGCGCAAUGUUUACACCACUCCAUCUUGAAAUCAUUGACUCCUACCUUACAAUUCUCGAUGGAAACUGGAAUGACCAAGAGAAUUUCAAAAUUACUCUACAAAGAGCUCAUUUACACAUCAAAAUUGAUGGUCCAAGAAUAUCUUUAGAGAAUAAUACAUUUGAUUCCACCAUUACAACAUCAAAAGAUUCAUUAAAGUUCCUAAGCUUGAAUCUUAAAAACAUAAACAACAUUGAAUUCAAAGAUAUUGAAAAUGUUUCAGUUAUUGAUUUAUACGCAAGCAACAAUUCAAGGAUUGGCAAUGGUGUUAAACAGAUGUUUUGCAGAUAUGUUCAUUCAGUACCAAAAGAAAAAGAAGAAGAAGUAAUAGAAUAUGAUGAUAAAUAUAACGAAGGAGGAGACGAAAAGAAAGAAGAAGGUGUCACUUUUACUGUUGAAUCAGAAACUCUUAUAAUAAAUACUGUUGAUCAAACAGUUAAACAGAUAAAUUGUAAUGAAUUAGUGGUACCUAACAAGGGCAAAAUUGAUGGAAUACAUCACAACGGAGUACUUUAUUUCAUUCAUGACAGUGAAAGAAUUCCUAAAAUAGUUUGUAAGCAAAUGACAAGUAUAAAUGAAACACUCAAAAUAAAUGUUCAGCCAGCUGGAGAAAAUGAUGUAUUACCAGAUGCAAAUAUUACAUUGGUACAGAGUAAUAAAACAAUAAAAGCAGAAACAAUAAGUUUAAUUUGGGAUUACAAAGAAGUACCAGAUAAAUCUGUUGGACAAAAUAUUGAAAUCAAAUCUGAUGAUAUCGUAGAAGUAAAUUCGCAACAAUACAUUUGUUUGUCAACCGAUUCAGGUGAUUGCGGAUUGACUGAUAAUUAUAUAAUAAGAACUCAAAAUAAUUUAAAGGAUCUAGCUGAGAAUCUAUCAAUUACAGAAAACUCGUCAAGAGCUGUUAAAUUAAAAAUUUAUUUGGACGAUGACUUCGAAAAUUUCGAAAUUAAUUAUGGCAUAAAAUUCAGAGGUAUUAAGAUAAAUUCUGAAUUAAAUCAAGAAAAUAAAGUUACUUUCACAAUAGGAGCUGAUACAAAACCUGGUUUCAAUAUUCAGUUGAAAUCAGUUACUGCUGAUAUUCCUGAAGAAACAAAAAUAGAUACUUUGAAAAUGACUAAUGUAAAAAUUGUUAGAAAAGAUGUGAAAUUAACUAAUGUUAAUUACAUUGAACUUGACACAGAAACAAAUGAUGAAUUUACUUAUCCAUUACAUCCAGCUAAUUCUACAAUAAUUAAUACAGAAACUGUUGAAAUCUCAGGAGAAAAUUUGAAACCAAAAGUUUUCACAGAUUUCGGUGAAAAACAAGAAAUGAAGAUUAAAUUCAGAGGUGUUAAGAAAAUAACUAAAAAAGGUGCACCAUUCCCCAACAAAAUAAAUAUCGGAAUAGAAGUUGAAGAUGCAGUAACUUUGGAAUCAAAUAAUUUCGGAAGUAUGCUCACUUUUGAAAUCGGCGGAAUUCCAGGAGAAAAUAAUGACAUCGUUGUCAAUUUCAAGGCUGUUUUACCUGCAAAAAUUAUUGAUGGAAACUUCAAAUCUAUGACUCUAAAACCGAAUUUCCUUGGUAAUACAUUUAACUACCAAAACCAGCUUUGCGGUAAAAACAUCACUUUGGAGACAACAGGAAUUGUGAAUAUCUCUAAAAAAACAUUGUAUUGUAAAUCAGAAUCAAUGUUAUUUAUCACAACAGCAACAAUUGCAAAGGAUCCAAUGUUCCAAGGUGUUAUUAACUUGAGACAAUUGACAAUAGAAAGAAUGAUGGAAUUGACAUCAAAUACUUAUCUUCAUAUCGAUGAAUACGCAAAUCCUGAUGAUGAUUUCUUGUUACAUUAUAAUUGGUCAUUGAAACAUUUCCCAACAGUGAAAAUUUCUAAGUUUGUAAAAGUACAAAAAACUUCAUUUACUCCAGGAAUACAAACAUUUGCUGAUCAAAAUGAUGAAGACAUCGAAUUCAUGAAACAGAAUUUAGAUAUUUUCAAGUUUGGAAUGCCAUUUAUUUGUAUCGAUGAUAGUAAUUACAGAGGAAAUCUUUUCAACGAAGGAAUGGUCUUCAGAAAUGGAACAUUAAAUAAUUCUUUGAUUUCAACAGCAAUGAGAAUUGGUCCUUCAAAUGCUGUAUCACAAUGCGCGUACAUGUUGCUUUUCAAUCCUAAAGAAGAUAAAAUAUAUGAGGUUCAAGCAAGUCCUGUAAAAGGACCUAUUAAUAAGGCACAUUUCAAAGCAUUAAUCACUCUUUCCUCGCUUUUGCUCGUUUUCUUAUGCGCUUUCUCAAUUUACAUGCUCUUCUUCCAGAGACGUAGGGCACCGAAGAAGGAAAUCACUCAUAGCGAAAGCCGCAGCGUGGUAAUGGAAGACCUCUUGUAA